GUUUUACAUAAGUAUCCGCCAUAUUGUUUUGUUUUGCUUUGAGAUGGAACUUUAGCAAAGUAGAGAUGUUUUGUAAAUAAAACAAUAAGUGUUUUUUACACGAUAAGUAUAUUUACUGUGUUUUUACUGAUACUUUAAAAGCAUUAAAAGAUAUCAACAAUGGACCAAAUUCAAACAAUACCGGCGAGUUUGCCUCACAUUGUACAAGUGUACCCACCGUCAGUAUCUAUUCACCCUUCGCUACAUUCACAAGGAAAACUUUCUUACCAACAAACAAUUACUUCAGAAUCUUUACAUAUACCAGUGUCUUCACACAUUCAUGAUAUACACAAUCAACAUCUCAUAUCACAAAACCAAACUGUGAUGUCGUGUCAGCAGAUACAUUUGCAGAACGUACAACCUUUGCAAACUCAAAUGCAGUCACAGGUUUUACAAGGAGCAGAUAUGUCACAGCAGCUUCAAAUAACUUCUCAUGUGAUUUUGCCACAAGUGCCAAUGUUUAAGCAACAUAUAAUCACAAAUAAUCUACAGCAACAAUAUUACAGCCAGUAUGAAACGUUUUUGAAGGAUGCACAAUGUGUAAUUGCUAAAGUUGAGCCCGAGGUUCAGGUUGUAAAUGAGAAGGAAAUCGAUUGUAAGAAUGAAAAUAACAACCAGAUAGAAGUGGAGAUAGUGUCUAUGAAAAAGCGUGCUCGCAGUCAGAUUCCUAAUCCUAGCAAAUGGGCUUGCAAUGUACGUAAACUGAAGCACCAACGAGGUGAAGCUUACAUAAGUAGAAGAGGAAAAUAUGUACCUGAGAGACAAGUACGCAAUACUAAAGACUGCUUAAAGUCAUGCAGAUAUAAAUGUAAUGAAAGAAUUAACGACAUUGAUCGACAACACAUAUUUAACGCAUUCUAUUCUUUAAAUGCAAAUGAGAAAAAACAUUUUUUGCUUAAUACAACGGAAAGAAAUUAUGUAAAACAUAAUAAAAUUUUAGAUAGUGAUCACAAAAGAAAAUAUUCUUUCAAAUACUUCUUUUUAGUGAGAGCCGUUAGGUAUACUGUUUGUAAAAAUUUCUACUUGGGUACUUUAGCAAUAUCUCAGAAACCAGUUUACAAUGUACAUUUAAGUAAAUCCGAUAUGAAUCUACCAAAACCUGAUGGUAGAGGUUUGUCUGAAGCAAGCACACAUUCACUGCCCUCAGAAAUAAAAGACAGGGUCAGGAAACACAUUACGUCAUUUAGUACAGUUGACUCGAAACCAAUUAAACAGUUUUCUAGAAAGAAGCAAUAUUUAGAAUGUAACUUAAGUAUAAAACAAAUGUAUAAUAUGUAUGCCACGGAAUGUGAUAAAGAAAAUAUAGUUCCUGUCAAAGAGUCCAUGUAUAGAAAGAUAUUUAAACAAGAAUUUAAUAUACACUUUAAGAAAGAUAAGACUGGUCAGCAGCUUUGUUGUAGAUGCAAAGGCUCUAUAAAGAAAAAAUGAUAUAUUUUGUGGCCUAACUUGAAAGCGCACAAUUUAUCAAAAGUUUUCUAAGGUACUAGCCAACCUGAAGCACAACUUAUUUUAGCAGUGAAUAAUAGUAAUUAUCAUUGGCUGUCAUAAUUAUAUGACAUCUUAGUUUUGUCAAUCUAGAAAUAUUAUAUUUCAUAAUCUUAUCUACCUGCUUGAUAUUUGCAAAUUGCUUUAAAGCAAAAAUAUUGAAGUUAAGUAGAGCCUCAGUAGGCAUAUUUCAAUUAUUUUUCUCUAAUUUUUUUGCAUGGCUUAACAUUUACUUACUUAAUACCUUUAAUAGUUAUUUUUUCUAUAAAAAAUUACAUUUUUAUAUUAAAUUCAAGAGAAAUAUAGACACUAGGUGUAGAUCUGAAUCUACAUCUACACCUGGCAUGAUAUAUAAUACAUUAUCCAUACAUGAAGAUGCAGCUUCGUUGUAAUAUAUAUAUGUAUAUGCUUGCAUAUUUGGCUUUUAAAGCUGUUUGACAAUCCCAUUGUAUGUUUAUGUAUAAAGUACUAGUGUAUAAGGCCGCAGAUGAGAUGCUCGUUGCAAUCCUUGGGUCGAGAAAUUCUGAAUAGCAAUCCGAAGUAUGGACGUUAAAAGGUAAUUUAAUGUCUCGGAAAGAAGUUAGUCAUCAGUUCUGCGUCUGAACUUUUUACGUUCGUGUCGCGUUUGGCGACUCAUUGAUUAUGAGUAGGGAAUAUAGAUUGUACUUUUAUUAGCUGAUACCCUGCUCAACUGAGCAGCCAACCGGCUAAUCUCCCUUGAGAAUUUUUGCCGUGGGCGAAAUUUGUCAGGAGGAUCUAUAUCCUAUUAUGACUAUAUGACUAUUCACUGCUGCAUCCUCAUAUCGACAAAUUGACAGCUUCAUUGUUAUGAAUAUGAUUUUGUGACAAGCCUUGUAUGAAAUGAAAUUCGUAUCAAUUAUGUCGUUUAGAUUAUGAAGAUGCAGAUAUUGUCUGCUAUUUUAGAGGAAAUCUAUAUACUAAUAAUACAUGUGAAAGUGACUCUGUCUGUCUAUCUGUCUGUCGCUCUUUCACUAUCAAACCAAUUACCGAAUUUGAUGAAAUUUUGUAUGAAGCAAAGUUGAACUCCAAGGAAGGACAUAGGCUACUUUUUUCGCCUAACACAUGACAACCAACCCCUAAAAUACGAGCGAAGCCGCGGGCGACAACUAGUUUACCAUAAGACGAAGUAUUCAGUUUACAGUUUUAAUUAUUAUUUUAAUAUAAUGCACGUUCAUCUGUAUUAGAUUGAAUACUUAAAACAAUGUUAUUAAUAUUAACACAAGUAUUAAUUUAUGAAUUAAUGCCAUUUGCAAUAUUGUUGUUUUGUACUUUAAUUAAUUUUUACAUGUUUACCAACAUUAAAUUUCU